AUGUUUUAUCACAACAAGAGCAAAUUUCACCCAGCCACAUUUUUCCUCAUUGGAAUCCCAGGUCUGGAAGACAUCCACAUGUGGAUCUCCCUGCCUUUCUGCUCUGUUUACCUUUUGGCUUUGCUGGGCAAUGCCACCAUUCUGCUAGUCAUCAAAGCAGAAAAGACCCUCCGGGAGCCCAUGUUCUACUUCCUGUCCAUUCUUUCCACUAUUGAUUUGGCCCUUUCUACAACCUCUGUGCCUCGAAUGCUGGGUAUCUUCUGGUUUGAUGCUCACGAGAUUAACUUUGGAGCUUGUGUGGCCCAGAUGUUUCUGAUCCAUGCCUUCACUGGCAUGGAGGCUGAGGUCUUACUGUCUAUGGCUUUUGACCGCUACAUGGCCAUCUGUGCUCCACUACAUUACACAGCCAUCUUGACAUCCCAGGUGUUGGUGGGUAUUAGCAUGUGCAUUGUAAUUCGUCCAGUUUUACUUACACUUCCCAUGAUCUAUCUUAUCUAUCGCCUACCCUUUUGUCAGGCUCAUAUAAUAGCCCAUUCUUACUGUGAGCACAUGGGCAUUGCAAAAUUGUCCUGUGCAAACAUCCGUAUCAAUGCUGUCUAUGGGCUUUUUGUAGUUUCUUUCUUUGUCCUGAACCUGGUCCUUAUCGGCAUCUCAUAUGUUUACAUUCUCCGUGCUGUCUUCAGCCUCCCAUCACAUGAUGCUCGGCUAAAAGCACUAAGCACAUGUGGCUCUCAUGUUGGGGUCAUCUGUGUUUUCUAUGUCCCUUCAGUCUUCUCUUUCCUUACUCAUCGAUUUGGACACAAAAUACCAGGUUACAUUCACAUUCUUGUUGCCAAUCUCUAUUUGAUUAUCCCACCCUCUGCCAAACCCAUCAUUUAUGGGGUGAGAACCAAACAGAUUAGAGAGCGAGUGCUCCACGUGUUUACUAAAAAAUAAGACUCUUACUAUGGUCUUUUACUAAGGGUUUUGAUCCUCCUAUAAAGACCGAUCUUUUCUUGCAUUAAGGAAUAUCACCUGAUUCUUACAUUAUUGCCCUCAACUUGCAAUACAAGUUGGUUCGUUCCUGGAUGCUUACUAAUAAUGGAUUUUAACACUGCAGACUCAUCAUUGUAGUUCAAGUUCAAGACUGAUGAACUAUCUUAGAAUGGAUAUCCUGGGAGAGAGCUGUAGGGCCUUUGCCUGCAUGACCUUGUGAAGUGUGCUUGUUAGCACAAGGCUAUUUCUUUUCCAGGGAAAGAACAUAUUAUACUGAGUGUUUUGUGACCAGUGAUGAGAGAUAUGUGGCAUUGGCAAUUUACCCUGUAAACUACUCUAUUUAUUCCUUUAUUUUUUUUCUUAUUUUCUUCCUUUUUUUCUUUCAUUCUUUUUCUCUUACUUCUAUUUAUUCAUGCAUCAUGCAUUUGAUGAUUCCUUAAAUUUAUAUUCAUUCAAUGUCUGGCCUGAUGGAGCUUGCAUUCUGUUGUCCUCUUACAAGGCCAAUUUCAUGGGUUCAAAACAAUCAUUGCCAAACCUGUAGCUUCAAGUGAACUCAUCUGCCAAAUAUAUGACUCAGUGCAAUAACACCCAAAACAAAUAUAUAAUUUCAAUCCUAUUUCUCAGUAAUAUCAGCAUAACUUAUCACUGAUUGCUUUUUGGAAUUUAUGCCCAUAACAUAAGCAUAAAUGUGGUCUUGUUAUAAUCCAAUUAGGUAUAGCAAGUUUACAUCUGUGAUAUAUGUAAGUCUUUGCCUAUCACUUUUUCUGGUAUUCUCUCAAUCUACACUUGAACCUAAAAGACCCUAUUAUAAAAUCCAAGACCUCUCUUUCCAGCCUGUGAUCUAUCAUUUGUUCUUUUACAGACUUUAAUGUAGAAUAUGUCAUAUCUAGCUGUUGAUAGCCACAUUUUACAUGAUACUGAAGGUUUUCAAUUUAUUUAAUAAGAUUUCCAAAGACCAACCAAUUAAUUAUUCUUUGAAUUAUCAAACUUGUCACAUUGUUUUUUACAAUUAUACUCAGUUUGUCUUAUGUAGGUUAUUUAAAAUAUAAACAAAUAUGUAACAAAAAGUUUUGUGCCUGCAACCAAGAAUUAACAACUUUUUAUAUGGCAUUCAUCUCAAAGAGGAUGUUUAAUAACAUGCACACAGCACUAAAGUUAAUAUCACUUUUAACACUGCCCCAGCAGAUUUCUCUCCCAAUUUUCCAGAGGCAAAGGCUAGCAUGUGUAUUUUCAAAUUGCAAAGUUUUAGAUUUACAACCAACCACAGUAUUUUGUUGCAUCAUUUGUUAUUAAUUUAUAUGGAUUAAAGUA